AUGUCAGAUAGGAUUAGCUGUCUUCCGGACACUCUUCUCAUCCACAUUCUCUUACUCUUGCCGAUCAAAGAAGCUGUUGCCACAAGUGUUCUCGCUAAGAGGUGGAGGCCUCUAUGGCUCUCUCUCCCCACUCUUCACUUCAACGACCAAAACUAUUUGCAAAACAAAGAUACUUAUUCCCGUUUUCUUCAGUUGGUAUACACAGUUAUGCUACUGCGAGAUGCGUCACAACCCAUCCAAAGUUUUAAUCUCGAGUGUGAGUCUCCUCUUUGUAACACUUUUAUUGUCAACGCAUGGGUAACGGCUGCUAUACAACUCAAAGUUGAGUGUCUCAGCCUCUCGCUGUCCUCAACGGUGAACUUGCCCAGUUGCAUUCUCACUAGCACAAACCUUGUGGUUCUCAACUUAAAAGGGUUAACUGUGAAGAGUGUUUCUUCUGUUAGUUUACCUUCACUUAAAACACUACACUUGAGAUGGGUUCGUUUCCUUGAACGGAAAUUUCUUUUUGAAGUUCUUUCUUCAUGUCCAGUUCUUGAGGAUCUACUCAUGAGCUUUGUGCUUUUAACUAAACAAUCUUUGGGUGGACAGAUAAAAUCGUUACCAAAAUUGAUCAAAGCAGAUAUUUCUGAGUGUGAUUUUACUAUUCCUAUCGCAGAAUUUUACAAGGCGGAGUUCUUGCGCAUUGAAGUGAUAAAAUCGUUACCAAAAUUGAUCAAAGCAGAUAUUUCUGAGUGUGAUUUUACUAUUCCUAUCGCAGAAUUUUACAAGGCGGAGUUCUUGCGCAUUGAAGUGAAAUAUUUUGGCACCAUAAAUAGUUGGGAAGAAAGUUGGGUAUAUCCGCAAUCUGUUCCCAACUGCCUUUCAUCACAACUUAAAAGAUGCUCUCUCAAAAACUAUGAUGGAAGGCAACAUGAAGUUGGAUUUGCAAAAUAUAUUAUGCAGAACGCAAGAGUUUUAUAUGACCUGACAAUUCAGAGUAGAUCUUCAGAUUUGGAAAUUAAGUUCCGAAUGAUUAAAGAUUUAUCAACAUGUCCAAGGAUUUCAGCUACGUGCGAAAUUAAUUUCCUUUGA